UUAUUAGAUUAUUUUGUCUAGAUUAUUUUGUAAAAAAAAAUUAAAAAAGACUUCUUUGAUUUUUUUAUUUCAAUGAAUAUCAAAUCUGAAAAUCACUAAUACAUUUUCAUAAAAUGAUUAACAUAUUUUCUCAGGUUCUUCUUGUGAAAGAUAAAGAAAAAUGGUCUAACCAAGAAUACAAUUAGUUGGAUGUAAUACUGAUUUUAUGAUAAAACACAAAGUUAUUAAAAACUCAGAAGGUCUUCAAAUAAAAGUUCUGUGACACUCCUGGAAGUGAAAGUAAAGAAACGGAUAGAAGUACAUAAAAGACCAAUAGAAGUGAUGAGAUACAAAGAAAAACUCCAAUCAAAUAUACCUUUUAUAUUGAUUCUUCUUAGACAAUUGAGUUGAUACAGUAAAUUGAUUUCUGUGCUUUAAUGAUAUUUUAUACAACAAAGAACAUAAGACAGCAUUAUCAACCAGUCAAUUAAAAACAUUUUGCCAGAAAGCUAUGUGUUAGAUGCUGUAUAUUUCUAGAUAGGGACACAAAUAUAAAAGUGAGACAAUAGUAAUAGAAAGUAACAUAUUAGUUGAUUAGAUCACAGAAUUUGAAUUGAAAAAGUUCUCCAAAAUCUUUGAUUUGGUUAAGAUAGAUUAUAACCAGAGAUGUCUGUAAAGUCACAGAAAAUAAAUCAAAAAAAUAUUUUAACUAUUAAAAAAAGAUGUAUUGGUAAAUAUGGCAGACAAAAGAUCCAUGGAGAAUAUGUAGGGUAAAAAUGAAUAAAAUUAAUCACAAUGAAAAGACAGAAAAGGGAUAUAAUUGUCAGCAAUGAUGUGAGUGGCUAUAAUGGUGAGAUCAUGGAUGCAUCAAAAAUGUUAAUAUGAUAUAUCAAAAGCUUUAUAAAUAUCAUUAAUGUUAGAUGAAAUAUAACUGAUAUUUUGCAUAACAGUUUUAUACCUGCAGAUUCAACUAACCAAGAUAUUCCUGUAGUUGUUUAGAAAAUAAAGUAUUCCUAUAUGAAAGCCUAACUCCCAAGUCUAUAUUUUUUUUCUCCACAGGAACAGAAAGAAGGUCCAGAAAAAAAUUUGUCUUUAUUCUACAUGCUAUUAUAGUCUACAGGAUUGAGUCCAUUACCCCCUUUUCAUGAGCCAUGGUGAUCAUUGACAGCAAUCAGACUGUUAUUGCUACAUUUAUGUUAUUAGGAUUUACAGAUUAUCCAGAACUCAAAGUAUUCCUUUUUCUGGUGUUUCUGGUCAUGUAUAUCAUUACAGCUAUAGGAAAUCUGGGCAUGAUCUUAAUUAUCAAAAUUAACCCCAAAUUUCAUACACCCAUGUACUAUUUUCUUAACCAUUUAUCCUUUGUGGAUUUCUGUUACUCUUCUAUUGUCACACCCAAGCUUUUGGAGAAUUUAGUUAUGAAAGACAAAAGCAUAUUUUAUUCCAGUUGCAUGCUACAGUAUUUCUUAUCUUGUACAGCUGUGGUUACAGAGUCAUUCCUACUUGCUGUGAUGGCCUAUGACCGCUUUGUGGCCAUUUGUAAUCCACUUCUCUACACAGUUGUCAUGUCUCAGAGGCUUUGUGCCCUGCUGGUGACUGGAUCCUAUCUCUUUGGUCCCUUUGUACUCCUAUGCUUUGCCCUACAAUUAACCUUUUCUGGCUACAACAUCAUAAACCACUUUUUCUGUGAGUAUACUGCUCUCAUUUCUGUUUCCUCUUCAGAUAUCCAUAUCCCACACCUACUGCUUUUUGGUUUUGCUACUUUUAAUGAAGUGAGUACCCUCAUCAUCAUCCUUGCCUCUUAUACUUUUAUUUUUGUCACUGUAAUAAAGAUGAAUUCAGCCAGUGGGAGACGAAAAGCCUUCUCUACUUGUGCCUCCCACCUUACAGCCAUCACCAUUUUCCAUGGUACCAUUCUUUCCUUGUAUUGUGUGCCCAAUUCCAAAAACUCAAGGCACACAGUCAAAGUGGCUUCUGUCUUUUAUACAGUAGUAAACCCCAUGUUGAACCCCCUCAUUUACAGCUUGAGGAACAAAGAUGUGAAAGAGGCCUUUAGGAAACUGAUAAACAGAAAUACUUUUUCUCAUUGAUCAUGUUUAUCUCUGUGUUAUAUCAUUAGAUCUUGGUAGUUGAAAUAUUAUCCAUUUUUACAAUGUCAUUUUAUAAACUAAAGCUCAGAGGAUGAGAAAAAAAUUGCCCAAGGUCAGACAGUUGAAUUAACACAGUGAAAAACUGAAAGCAUUAAACCCCUGGUGUUUUUUUUCCUUCUACUUUAACUUUUCAAAAUUUACUUUUUAAGAUUUUGAGCUCCAUACUUUCCCUCCCUUCUUUUGCCAACAUGGCAAACAAUUUGACAGAGGUUAUACAUAUACAAUCAUGAUAAAAAUAUUUUCACAUUAAUCAUGUUG